AUGGCUCAGUUCUAUUACAAAAGAAGUGUCAGCGCCCCCUACCGAGACCGCAUUCCUCUGAGGAUUGUCAGAGCAGAGUCUGAACUCUCCCCAUCAGAGAAAGCCUACUUGAACGCUGUGGAGAAGGGGGACUAUGCAAGUGUCAAGAAGUCUCUGGAGGAAGCUGAGAUUUACUUUAAAAUCAACAUUAACUGCAUUGAUCCCCUUGGGAGGACUGCCCUUCUCAUCGCCAUUGAAAACGAGAACCUGGAGCUCAUUGAACUCCUGUUGAGUUUCAACGUCUAUGUUGGCGAUGCACUGCUUCAUGCUAUCCGGAAAGAGGUGGUUGGAGCUGUGGAGCUAUUGCUCAACCACAAAAAGCCAAGUGGAGAGAAGCAGGUGCCUCCCAUUCUCCUUGAUAAGCAGUUCUCCGAAUUCACUCCAGACAUCACACCUAUCAUCUUGGCUGCACAUACAAACAAUUAUGAGAUAAUCAAACUUUUGGUCCAGAAAGGUGUCUCGGUGCCAAGACCCCACGAGGUCCGCUGUAACUGUGUUGAGUGUGUCUCCAGCUCGGACGUGGACAGCCUCAGGCACUCACGGUCCAGGCUCAACAUCUACAAGGCUUUGGCCAGCCCCUCGCUCAUCGCCCUGUCAAGUGAAGAUCCUUUCCUCACGGCCUUUCAGUUAAGCUGGGAGCUGCAGGAACUAAGCAAGGUGGAGAAUGAGUUCAAGUCGGAGUAUGAGGAACUGUCUAGACAGUGCAAACAAUUUGCUAAGGACCUCCUAGAUCAGACAAGGAGUUCCAGAGAGCUGGAAAUCAUUCUUAAUUACCGUGAUGACAAUAGUCUGAUCGAAGAACAGAGUGGAAAUGAUCUUGCGAGGCUAAAAUUAGCCAUUAAGUACCGUCAAAAAGAGUUUGUUGCCCAGCCCAACUGCCAGCAGCUGCUUGCGUCCCGCUGGUACGACGAGUUCCCAGGCUGGAGGAGAAGACACUGGGCAGUGAAGAUGGUGACGUGUUUCAUAAUAGGACUACUUUUCCCCGUCUUCUCCGUGUGCUACCUGAUAGCCCCUAAAAGCCCACUUGGACUGUUCAUCAGAAAGCCAUUUAUCAAGUUUAUCUGCCACACAGCCUCCUAUUUGACCUUUUUGUUCCUGCUGCUGCUUGCCUCUCAGCACAUCGACAGGUCAGACUUGAACAGGCAAGGUCCACCACCAACCAUCGUGGAAUGGAUGAUAUUACCGUGGGUCCUGGGUUUUAUAUGGGGAGAAAUUAAACAGAUGUGGGACGGCGGACUUCAGGAUUACAUCCACGACUGGUGGAAUCUAAUGGACUUUGUGAUGAAUUCCUUGUACCUGGCAACAAUCUCCUUGAAGAUUGUCGCAUUUGUAAAGUACAGUGCUCUGAACCCACGAGAAUCAUGGGACAUGUGGCACCCCACCCUGGUGGCAGAGGCUUUGUUUGCUAUUGCAAACAUCUUCAGCUCCCUGCGCCUGAUCUCACUGUUCACUGCAAAUUCUCACCUGGGGCCUCUGCAGAUAUCUCUGGGAAGAAUGCUUCUGGACAUCCUAAAGUUCUUGUUCAUAUACUGCCUCGUACUGCUAGCUUUUGCAAAUGGCCUAAAUCAACUGUACUUCUACUAUGAAGAAACGAAGGGGUUAAGCUGCAAAGGAAUACGGUGUGAGAAACAGAAUAACGCAUUUUCCACGUUAUUUGAGACGUUACAGUCCCUGUUUUGGUCAAUAUUUGGACUAAUCAAUCUGUAUGUUACCAAUGUCAAAGCCCAGCAUGAGUUCACUGAGUUUGUUGGGGCCACCAUGUUUGGGACAUACAAUGUCAUCUCUCUGGUUGUCCUGCUCAACAUGUUGAUCGCUAUGAUGAAUAAUUCUUACCAACUAAUUGCCGACCAUGCAGAUAUAGAGUGGAAAUUUGCUCGAACAAAGCUUUGGAUGAGCUACUUUGAAGAAGGAGGUACCCUGCCUACCCCCUUCAACGUCAUCCCAAGCCCCAAGUCCUUGUGGUACCUGGUCAAGUGGAUAUGGACCCACCUGUGUAAGAAAAAGAUGCGAAGAAAGCCAGAAAGCUUUGGAACAAUUGGGGUAAGGACACAUCCUAUUAGUGUUAUACACCUUGCCCAUCACAGGCGUGCUGCCGAUAACUUGAGAAGACAUCACCAAUACCAAGAGGUGAUGAGGAACCUGGUGAAGCGCUACGUGGCAGCCAUGAUCAGAGAGGCAAAAACGGAAGAAGGCCUGACAGAGGAGAAUGUUAAGGAACUAAAGCAAGACAUUUCUAGCUUCCGCUUUGAAGUUCUGGGAUUGCUCAGAGGAAGCAAGCUCUCCACUAUACAGUCAGCCAACGCAGCGAGUUCAGCAGACUCCGAUGAAAAGAGCCAUAGCGAAGGUAAUAGCAAGGACAAGAAAAAGAAUCUCAGCCUCUUUGAUUUAACCACUCUGAUCCACCCGAGGUCGGCAGUCAUUGCCUCCGAGAGACAUAACAUAAGCAAUGGUUCCGCCCUGGUGGUGCAGGAGCCGCCCAGGGAGAAGCAGAGAAAAGUGAAUUUUGUGGCUGAUAUCAAAAACUUCGGGUUAUUUCAUAGACGGUCAAAACAAAAUGCUGCUGAGCAAAACGCAAACCAAAUCUUCUCUGUUUCAGAAGAAAUUACUCGUCAACAGGCGGCAGGACCACUUGAGAGAAAUAUCCAACUGGAAUCCCAAGGAUUAGCUUCACGGGGUGACCGCGGCAUUCCUGGUCUCAGUGAACAGUGUGUGCUAGUAGACCAUAGAGAAAGGAAUACGGACACUUUGGGUUUACAGGUAGGCAAGAGGGUGUGCUCCUCCUUCAAGUCGGAGAAGGUGGUGGUGGAAGACACCGUCCCUAUCAUACCAAAGGAGAAACAUGCCCAGGAGGAGGACUCAAGCAUAGACUAUGAUUUAAGCCCCACGGACACAUCUGCCCCUGAAGAUUAUGUGACCACAAGAUUGUGACACUUGGAGGAGGAGUGUUUACCCAUACCUAUACAUAUUUUCCAUAGUGCUCUGGGCAGGUGCAAGGUUUGAAAUUACAAUAUCAACUGCUAACUUACACUCUCCAGUGUUUAUCCAUUGUGGCGUAGUUAACCUGUAACAUGUUUGAACAAAGCAGAAGCAACAUGAAGCCUCCUCUUUUGUAGCCUGCUUUUGCUUUCACAGUUUAUUUUACAAGUGUUUCUGUUAAAUAAACGCACCUUUUAUCCUUGUACUGUUACAAUAAGCCACAGAAAAUUUUUAGCUAUCUUUUUCAAUUAAAACCAAUGCAAAUGAUUCCAUGUG